AUGUUCGUCUAUGUGUUCGGGAGAGGAGACGUUAAGAUAUCUUCGGCGGAAAGGGUAAAGCAGCUAUACAUAUUGACUUACGGAGGACGGAUAAAAGGAAGAAAGGGAGGGAAGUGUUUUGCCGCCGGAGAAAAGAAUCACAUAAUUUGUCAAGUAUAUUGGAGGGUACACCCCUCUCUUGCAACGCAGGUACCUGCUUUGUACUCCAUCUCUCAGCGGGUAGCACAGGCAGACUAA